AUGAAGGAGGGUGAACUAUUCUUCACGGAGGACCAUGAUAUCAACCUGUUUGAACUGGCCCUGGCCACCAACACACCCAAGGGCUGUGCAGAGACCAUGGUUCAAGGUAAGAACCGCCGAGGCAUGUUAUCAGGACUUAGAAAUUCAUCUCACUGACUCACUCUUUACUAAGCCACCAUCUUCAAGUGAAAUUGAUGCUCAUUCUGUGUUUAUGGGAUUUAGUAGCAUUUAUAUUGACUAUGAUUUGUUAUCCUACUAGUAAACAUGUCUUAUCUGGAUGGGAAAGGCAACCUGUAACCUCAAGGUAUAGGUAAGGUGAAGUCUAUGAGCCAUGAACUAGAGCAGCUGAACUCUCUCCUCCACAUGGUGAAGAGCCUGGUUCAGAACCCUUACCUUUACCUCGGCAUCCUGGUGUCCAGUGUCAUGUACUGCAUGAGCCGCUGGCCGCCUCCGUCAACCCCCUCAACGACCACCGCUCCCUUAGGGAGUACUCAGCGCUGCUGGUCAGCCACAUGUUCUGGUAUGUUGUCCAGCUCUCAAUACACGGGGCCCUGAAAGUUACAUACCCAGUGUCGUCCUCCUCUCCCCGUGAUAUUAGACACCAAACGAAAGUCAGAAACCAAACCGAUCAUUCUCUUCCCUUUGUGUAUUUUUGUAAUUUCCUCUACACAAGAUGGUGGAAUAGAAACAUGGCCAUGCUUCGACCCUUGAUCUAAUUCCCUCCUAAACCUGUGUCUUUUCCAGGACCCAUGGAGACCUGGUCAGUGGUCUGUAGCAGCUGAUUCUGCUGUCUCUGCAGAAGGUUCUGUCAGACCCGGUCCGCCCGCUGUGUUCUCACUAUGGAGCUGUAGGGGGCUACAUUCACUUAGAGGAAAUGUAUCCACCUUCCAUCCAUCUUGAUUAUCUAUGUAUGAAAGUAUAAUUUAUUUAAUUUAUCCUUUGGAUAAUUUUAGGAUCCUUGGCUUUGCUGAUCACUGUGUGUGUCUGUCUUUGUAGGCUGUUGAGCAAGUGUUAUAUCCCCACCUGCCAGCCUACUGGGCUAACCUGCAAGCUGUCCUGGAUGAUUACUCAGUCUCCAAUACCCAGGUGAAAGCAGACGGACACAAGGUGUAUUGAGCCAUCCUGGUGAGUGCAGCAGACCAGUCACUGAGUAUGAAACGUUUUCUGUGAUGCAAACAGAGCCAUCCAAAGUAAUACAAGAGAUUCCCAAUAAUGAAUUGUUACAAAUUGCAUUUAUGUAUUACCUUUCACCUGAUCUCAAAGCACUUUACAUUUUAUGUUAAAACUCCCUGUCGACCACCACUAAAGCGCCCACGAAGUACCAAUCCCCUCUCUGUCCUGCAGGUGGCAGUGGAGCGCCUGCUAAAGAUGAAAGCCCUGUCUCUGUCCCUGCCAGCGGAGGGAGGUGGCAGCGCCCAGCCAUGCUUCGGGGGUGUGAUUUCCCCCGGGCUCAGCCCCUCUCCGAGGCCACCCUGGGCAUCGCCAGUCACCUGCAGGGACCUGGGGGUUGCCUUCCCCUCAGCCCCCUCCCAGCCCCCUAAUACGAGGAAGUUAUAUUUCUAAGAUAGCUGGUGGGAUGGUGUAAAUAAAACUAGGCUGCAAUACACACUGUGAUGGAUAUUCCAACCCUGAGCCCCGGCCUGCUCUGCUCUUGCUGAUCAAAAACGUUUUUGUGUGCUGCCUAACAAUGGCUGUGCUGUGUAGGUCUACAGUGGCAGUUCAGGAGGAGAGUCAAAGGCUUCUUCUGAUUUUUGUUGUUGUUGAUUAGGCCUAGUUUUAAAAAAAAUCACUCUUACGUGUGGACUAGCCUAUAGCCUAUGUUCUGUUCAGUUGGAGAAGGAGAGCGCCAAGAUGAGGAGGACCGGAGAAUCAUUUUGAUAGCUUGCUACUACUAUAAUUGAUUUAUUAAAAACAAUAUGUUUCUUACCUAUGAUGUAGGCCUAUUUAUCAGAGUUAUUGACCUCACAAUAAGCCAGAUUUAAGUAACUUACAUUGUGGUGCUGAAACUUGAAGCAGCAGCCGCAGCACAAUGAAUCUGAUAUGGACAGCUCAUGGUGAUGAAAGUAGGCAUAAUUUAUUUCAAUCGUCUUCAUUUUAAUUAUACUUUAUUAAGAAGAGGGCCUAAGCAUACUGUGUCCAUAAUAAGUAUAUAGGUUGUAUGUUGGGAGCUUUUGGGAAAGAGCACAGUUAGAAAGAUAUGGCAUAUAGAAGCAAACCGGAUGGACAUCAUGAAAAUGAUCGGAGAGGUUGAGAGUAGAAGAAGUUCAGGAGAAAAAUAAAUAAAUAUAUAUAUAUAUAAUAGAAUUAUUGUAAAAUUAACUGUGUCCAUAAGGUGUAGAUAGUAAGUAUAGACCGGAAGUAGAGGCCUGGGCAUUGUUGUUCACUAAUUUACUCCAAGUAGGGAAAGGAUGGUGGGGUUGAAAAGUAAUAAAGGGGAGUCAGUCAAUUUACUUCAGCAAAGCGCCGCUCCUCCCCGUCCGCCAUGCUUACAGCGCUGCAGAGUAGACCUGCAAAAACCACACUAUAGGCUGAUCCAACUUUGAUGUAAUGUCCUUAAAACAAGUCAAAAUGACGCUCAGUAGUGUGUGUGGCCUCCACGUGCCUGUAUGACCUCCCUACAACGUCUGGGCAUGCUCCUGAUGAGGUGGCGGAUGGUCUCCUGAGGGAUCUCCUCCCAGACCUGGACUAAAGCAUCCGCCAACUCCUGGACAGUCUGUGGUGCAACGUGGCGUUGGUGGAUGGAGCGAGACAUGAUGUCCCAGAUGUGCUCAAUUGGAUUCAGGUCUGGGGAACGGGCGGGCCAGUCCAUAGCAUCAAUGCCUUCCUCCUGCAGGAACUGCUGACACACUCCAGCCACAUGAGGUCUAGCAUUGUCUUGCAUUAGGAGGAACCCAGGGCCAACCGCACCAGCAUAUGGUCUCACAAGGGGUCUGAGGAUCUCAUCUCGGUACCUAAUGGCAGUCAGGCUACCUCUGGCGAGCACAUGGAGGCCCCCCAAAGAAAUGCCACCCCACACCAUGACUGACCCACCGCCAAACCGGUCAUGCUGGAGGAUGUUGCAGGCAGCAGAACGUUCUCCACGGCGUCUCCAGACUCUGUCACGUCUGUCACAUGUGCUCAGUGUGAACCUGCUUUCAUCUGUGAAGAGCACAGGGCGCCAGUGGCGAAUUUUCUAAUCUUGGUGUUCUCUGGCAAAUGCCAAACGUCCUGCACGGUGUUGGGCUGUAAGCACAACCCCCACCUGUGGACGUCGGGCCCUCAUACCACCCUCAUGGAGUCUGUUUCUGACCGUUUGAGCAGACACAUGUGCAUUUGUGGCCUGCUGGAGGUCAUUUUGCAGGGCUCUGGCAGUGCUCCUCCUGCUCCUCCUUGCACAAAGGCGGAGGUAGCGGUCCUGCUGCUGGGUUGUUGCCCUCCUACGGCCUCCUCCACGUCUCCUGAUGUACUGGCCUGUCUCCUGGUAGUGCCUCCAUGCUCUGGACACUACGCUGACAGACACAGCAAACCUUCUUGCCACAGCUCGCAUUGAUGUGCCAUCCUGGUGAGCUGCACUACCUGAGCCACUUGUGUGGGUUGUAGACUCCGUCUCAUGCUACCACUAGAGUGAAAGCACCGCCAGCAUUCAAAAGUCACCAAAACAUCAGCCAGGAAGCACAGGAACUGAGAAGUGGUCUGUGGUCACCACCUGCAGAACCACUUCUUUAUUGGGGGUGUCUUGCUAAUUGCCUAUAAUUUCCACCUGUUGUCUAUUCCAUCUGCACAACAGCAUGUGAAAUUUAUUGUCAAUCAGUGUUGCUUCCUAAGUGGACAGUUUGAUUUCACAGAAGUGUGAUUGACUUGGAGUUACAUUGUGUUGUUUAAGUGUUCCCUUUAUUUUUUUGAGCAGUGUAUAUACAGUUUAAGUCGGAAGUUUACAUACACUUAGGUUGGAGUCAUUAAAACUUGUUUUUCAACCACUCCACACAUUUCCUGUUAAAAUAUAGUUUUGGCAAAUCGGUUAGGACAUCUACUUUGUGCAUUACACAAGUAAUUUUUCCAACAAUUGAUUACAGACAGUAAAUUUCACUUAUAAUUGUAUGUAUCACAAUUCCAGUGGGUCAGAAAUGUACAUACACUAAGUUGACUGUGCCUUUUAAACAGCUUGGAAAAUUCCAGAAAAUGAUGUCAUGGCUUUAGAAGCUUCUGAUAGGCUAAUUGACAUCAUUUGAGUCAAUUGGAGGUGUGCCUGUGGAUGUAUUUCAAGGCCUACCUUCAAACCCAGUGCCUCUUUGCUUGACAUCAUGGGAAAAUCUAAAGAAAUCAGCCAAGACCUCAGAAACAAAAAUGUAGACCUCCACAAGUCUGGUUCAUCCUUGGGAGCAAUUUCCAAGUGCCUGAAGGUACCACAUUCAUCUGUACAAACACCAUGGGACCAGGCAGCUGUCAUACCGCUCAGGAAGGAGACGCGUUGUCUCCUAGAGAUGAGCGUACUUUGGUGCGAAAAGUGCAAGUCAAUCCCAGAAGAACAGCAAAGGACCUUGGGAAGAUGCUGGAGGAAACAGGUACAAAAGUAUCAAUAUCCACAGUAAAACUAGUCCUAUAUCGACAUAACCUGAAAGGCCGCUCAGCAAGGAAGAAGCCACUGCUUCAAAACCUCCAUAAAAAAGCCAGACUAAGGUUUGCAACUGCACAUACCAUCUACCAUAAGCCACCUCCAACGUCAUUUUAGAGAAUUUGGCAGUACGUACAACCGGCCUUACAACCGCAGACGACGUGUAACCACGCCAGCCCAGAACCUCCACAUCCGGCUUCUUCACCUGCGGGAUCAUCUGAGACCAGCCACCCGGACAGCUGUUGAAGCUGGGUUUGCACAACCGAAGAAUUUCUGCACAAACUGUCAGCAACCGUCUCAGGGAAGCUCAUCUGUGUGCUCGUUGUCCUCACCAGGGUCUUGACCUGACUGCAGUUCGGCGUCGUAACUGACUUCAGCGGGAAAAUUCUCACCUUCGAUGGCUACUAGCACGCUGGAGAAGUGUGCUCUUCGCGGAUGAAUCCCGGUUUCAACUGUACCGGGCAGAUGGCGUUGUGUGGGCGAGUGGUUUGCUGGUGUCAACGUUGUGAAAAGUGCCCGAUGGUGGGGUUAUGAUAUGGGCAGGCAUAAGCUAUGGACAACGAACACAAUUGCAUUUUAUCGAUGGCAAUUUUACUGCACAGAGUUACCGUGACGAGAUCCUGAGGCCCAUUGUCGUGCCAUUCAUCCGCCGCCAUCACCUCAUGUUUCAGCAUGAUCAUCCAUGUCGCAAGGAUCUGUACACAAUUCCUGGAAGCUGAAAAUGUCCCAGUUCUUCCAUGGCCUGCAUACUCACCACACGUCACCCAUUGAGCAUGUUUGGGAUGCUCUGGAUGGACGUGUACGACAGCGUGUUCCAGUUCCCUCCAAUAUCCAGCAACUUCGCACAGCCAUUGAAGCGGAGUGGGACAGCAUUCCACAGGCCACUAUCAAUAGCCUGAUCAACUCUAUGCGAAGGAGAUGUGCAUGAGGCAGAUGGUGGUCACACCAGAUACUGACUGGUUUUCUGAUCCACGCCCCUACCUCUUUUUUAAGGUAUCUGUGACCAACGGAUGCAUAUCUAUAUUCCCAGUCAUGUGACAUCCAUAUAUUAGGGCCUAAUUUAUUUAUUUAAAUUGACUGAUUUCUUUAUAUUAACUGUAACUCAGUAAAAUCUUUGGAAUUGUUGCAUGUUGCUUUGAGGCCCUAAAGCCGUCUUUAAAUAGCAUACACUGCUCUACACUAUCCUCAACAACAAACUACAACAAGCAAGAGCCUGACUUUCAACCUACCACAUCCUCAGAACUAUAGAUGGGGCAUGCAAGCCUACAUAUCUGCUCUGUUCUGUAACCAGAACACGUUUCCCAACUCUCACCAUUAGCAUUACAUUUCAGUUAUUCAAAAACAUUGAAAUGUGCAGUAUAUGGUGAUUUGGUCCUCUGUGCUGCUAUAGUAGUACAGCUAAUAGUCUUCAUUUAUUGGUUCAGAACAACUGUAAAAGGCAUGUGAAUAUGACCACUAGAUGGCAAUCUAGUCUACAUGUAGGCUGCUAACGUUUAAGGUCAUUAAAGUAAUCUUGAUUGUAAAUAUGUUUAAAAGAUUAUAUAUUCAUAUUAUAUAAUAUUUAUUUAGACUAUGUAGAAUGAUGUAAAUCAGGUGAUGCGGUGAGUAAAAAAAAAAUGAAUGUAAAACCCUGAGAGAAGGGUUGUGUUUGUGUAUUCUGGUUAUGUUUGAAUGUACAAUACAGUUCAGUGACAAUAUUUUCUACAUCCUCUCUGUGUUUUAAAAAGAUAACAAGUGAUAGAAAUAUCUGAGAAGCCAGACAGUCUAAACAAUAACUAAUAACAGACACAAUCAGCAUCUUCAGGGCCAGUUGUGCUAUGUUUGUCCUAAGGUGUGUCUUGAGAAACAACACAUUUCCAUUUGUCCCACUCCAUACUAUGACUCAAAACGAACAGAAUUGCAUGGCUAUAGGUACACUAAAAACAAUUGUGUUUAGAAUUGAAGUCCUACACUUGGCUAUUACAAAUGGUAUUCAUCUAAAUGCCAAAUACAAUCAGUCCCUAAUGAAUGCAAUGGCUUAGGACUGUCAUGAUCAUGAAUGCACUAAACAGUUGUGGUAUCAUUUUUCCCUAUCCAUAAUUUAACCCAAUUGUUUAUACUAGUCAUGCUCUGUACAUCUUUUUCUUGCAAUGUCAUAAUGCACCUUACUUUUACUGAACAAAAUGUACCAUGUCUUGUGAGUGGAGCUCUCUGAGGAUGCUUUGUCAUUGACAGAAGCCCAGUUAGUGGUAGUUCUGCCCUGCUUUGACUCUGUUUCUGUGUGAAAGAGUGUGACUCAGAACCUGUGCCCAGUCCUGGCACCCCACCAGCCAGCCUCCCAGGCACCCACUCUGCCUGUAUAA